GAGUUUGCAUGCAGAUCUUCAACUUUUAAAGGAUGAUGUCAAGGCCAUGCAGUUCAAGUUCAAAGCUAAAACCACUCAUGAUGAAGUUAGGGAAGGUUUUGUCAGAAACCAAUUGAUUUUUUAUUUUUGAUAAUUUAAAGAGGAUGUGGUAUGGUCCCCAUGCUAAGCACCUCCCAGCAAAAAAAAGCAGAAUCACAGGGAAAGCAUACAUUAAUGUGGACCAGAGAGAAUAAAGAGUUUGGUAUAUCUUGAGUCUUGAAUCAAGGUUCACAUGGUAACUAAAGUAAUUCCCUUCAAAAGUGAGUAAGAUGUUUGUUGAGAUGAUGUUGUUUUAGUUUUUAUAGUUUAGGCACCAAGUAAGAAGACACUAUGAAAACAAAUGAAACAAAACUACAGUCUGAGGAGAGAGUUGGCAGGAAUGUGCCAGGUCCCUCAAAGCCAACUGUUUUGCUUCUUUCUGGGACUUGACACAUUAGAAUUGCUUCCUUUCUCUCUUUCUCUACAUUGACCAGCCAGUGCUUUUCUUUUUCCAAAUUUGUUCUAAAUUCCUAUCACUAUUGUCCUUUCUUCUCUGGUAUUUGUUUUGUAGUUUUCUUUGUUUUUAAUCUUACUUGGGUUUAAAUGGAGGGAGCUUGUGUUCUUGAGGUUGAUGUUAAUGGUGAAGAGAAGUUCUUCGUUGAUAAGAAUGUUCUCUCAAGAUUUUCAGGCAGGCUAAGCAAAUUGUUCGGCAAAACAUCGGUAACAGGAACUUCAAAGACACUGAAAGUUAUAUUCCAUGGCUUACCAGGUGGCCCUGAUGCAUUUGAGCUAAUGACCAAAUUUUGCUACAACAAUGGCAGCAUCCAGAUAACUCCAAUCAACACUCUCCUUCUGCAUUUUAUUGCACAUUUCAUGGAGAUGACCCAUGAUUUAAUAAUGCAAACUGAAAAGUCUCUUGAAUGCAUUCCCUACUGGACUUGGUGUGAGACCCUGAUUGCUUUCCAACAAUGCCAAGAGUUCUUUCAAGCAUCAAACUCAUCUGGUGUUCUUGAUAAAAUCAUAGAUUCUCUAGUUCGAAGAAUCGUGACUGCUAGUGAUACAAGUCCAUUAAGUUCAUCACCUGAUAGCUCUGCUCUUCGGUUAUCAUUCGAUACAAGAAGCACUCUAAGUAUGAGAAACAGCAAUCACCCUUCUUCUUGGUUUGAAGAUCUUUUGAUUCUGAACUCUGAUACAAUUGAAAAGUUUAUCAAUUGUAUGGUUUCAAGAAAAGUAGACCAUUCAACAAUUAGCAGAUUCCUGUUCUAUUAUCUCAAGCAUAGAAACCUCAAUGCUCCCACUGAUGAGAAGCGAAAAACCACAGAAAUUAUCAUCGGUUUGUUUUACUCUCUUGACACAGACUCAUUCUCCUUUAAAAGCUUGUUUGGAAUUCUCCGAAUGUCUUCGUCUCUUGAUUUAAGCAAGUGUUGUAGAAGUAGAUUGGAGAGUAUGGUUGGCAGUCAGAUUGAUGAAGCUACAUUGGAUAGUUUGCUAGUUUCUGCUGCUGAUCAGGGGAUGCAAUGUCUUUAUGAUGUGAAUCUUGUUUUGAGGUUCUUGAAAUAUUUUCUGCAAAGCAGUGUUCAAAUAUGUGUUAAAAGAUUGAAAAAGGUGGGAAGUUUGAUGGAUUUAUACAUAACUGAAGUUGCUCCAGAUCCAAAAUUGAAGCCUUCCAAAUUUGUUGCAUUAAUCACAGCUCUCCCAGAUUCAUCAAGAGAGUCUCAUGAUGCAAUGUACAGAGCCAUUGACAUGUAUCUUCAGGUUCAUUCUGGAUUAGCACAAGAAGAGAAGAUGAAGAUAUGUUGUGCAAUAAAUUACGAGAAACUCUCAUCAGAAUCAUGCAAACAUCUAGCCGGAAACUCGAAAUUUCCAUCAAGAACAGGAAUUCAAGCACUCAUAUCUCAGCACUCAAAGCUGAAAAACCUGCUUCAAGUUCAAGAUACCAACUACUUGAGAAAAUUCAGAAACUCCACUCAUAAAGAACAACAACUGAAUGAUACUGAGAAUGAACAGGUAAUUCUUUAUGCGAAAAGAGUUGACAUCUCAAUGGAAGAUGAUAAGCUCAAAGCUCAUCUGGAAGGGAUGCAAUGGAAAGCAAUGGAAUUGGAGAAAAUCUGCAGCAAAAUACAAAACCAAAUGACCAGAAUCAUGAAGAUCAAGUUAUGUAGUCCCAAUGGAGGACUUAGAUCACUUCCUAAACUUUGUUCAUGAUUUGUAGUUGUAUAAAUUUUAUUUUCAAUAAGAUUACUCCAAUAUUUUUGCUGCUGUAAAGUAUCAUGACAAAAUUCCUGCAAAUGUUCAGUAACUUUAACUGGUGAA